CUCGCCUCCUAUUUCACUCCAACCUUUAGCUCCUCCAAUUGCAUAGCCGCGUUCCCCCGACCAUCCGAAUGGACUCUCGCCGUGUUUCUCGGGCCGUGAGCGACCCUAAGGUCAGGCAAGUCGGGUUCUUCGCCCCCGGAGCCCCGCCGGAACGUUCUGAAUCGGGUCCCCCGGAUCCGGCGUCUCCCCCCGUGUCCGAUCUCUUUCCAUCCAGCAAUUCCCUCUCUCCGGUCAUGAUUCCGCCUCCGCGGCACCUUUCGGCCGACCUCUCUCGCGUGGUCUCUCACUUCCCACCUGCUUCGCCUUCCCCGCUCCGCCGCGACUCCCUCCCAGUCGGCAGUUACAAUCCAUCUGAGUUUACCUCCCCCACUGCCUCCGACUUCACGGAGGGCAUCCACUCUUCUAGUCGAGCUCGCAAGGGAGACUCUGGGAAAUUUGCUACUUCCCUCCCUAUUGGUGGAUUCUACAUGACGGGUUCCAAGCAGAACAGCUUUCCCGCAGCUGGAUUAACCACAGUUUCCAUUGUGAACGAACCUCAUGACGUAACUGAGAAAGAUGGGCGAUUAUCUGCUGCAGCACAGAGAGAGCAAGCAACGGGUUCUAAACCAUUGAAAGAGAAAACCACCAAGGCUGAAAGGCUUGCCCUUCAGGAGGCUCAACGCGCUGCAAAAGCUGCAUCUAAGGCCUAUACAAGUAAGGGAACUGCUGCUGCUUCAGGGGAAGCUACUUCUGCAAGUGCAAAUGCAGGAAAGGCUUCUAAGGGUCAUGCACAAAGGAAAGACAGCUCCCCAGUUGGAGCUUCUGAAAAAAGAGGCACUGAUCGUCCGGCUGAUAAAGAUAGGAAAAAAGAUGCGCCCCAUCCACGCAUGCAGUUUGAUGAUAAGAGCCGUGUGGAAAAAGCAAAGAAGCGCUCGGUAGUGAAACAAACUGAAGCAAGGAAUAGGGUUGAACUAUUCAGACAUCUGCCUCGGUAUGAACAUGGAACACGGCUUCCCGAGCUUGAAUCAAAGUUCUUCCAACUUGAUCCAGUCCAUCCUGCUAUUUUCCAGUUGAAAUGAUAUUUUUACAUGCUCAUGAGCUUGGCAAGGCUUUCCGUGUCAUAGUAGUGGAUUCACGUCCGAAACUUGAAGGGAAACUAUUGAUUCGUAGAUUAGUGGCAAAGGGAAUCAAUUCUUAUAAGUUUCAAGAGAGGGUUCAACUUGACUCAAUUUGCUCUAAUGAACUCGGUGAUCCAGA